CUUGCUCCGAGUUCAGCCGCCGAGCAUCAAAGCUGUGGAUUACCUCGUCUCUCCCACUGGCCAGAGUAACGCUGCAAACUCUCGCUUGACAUGUUUGAUUAGAUCAAAUCAAAGCAUUCAUGGUCUAAAUCCUUCAGAAAGGUCUGAAAGUCAUCUCCCGUGGGAUUAAUGUUUGCUCCCAGGUUCCGGGCAAUGACUGCCUGAAGUUUGUACUCGAGAGACCUGCAGUGAAGCUUCAGGGCCAGCAUGGGCCAGCUCUCGGGAAUACUGGUGCUGUGGUGCUGCUUGCUUCUCCCUCCUGAACUCCGCUGUCGGAAUGGCAGGAGCAACGUUCCGCGACUCAAGCUCUCCUACAAAGAAAUGACUGAAUUGAACAAUAUCAUCACCUUUGGAGGCAUUGCAAACAGCUCCAGUUACCAAACGUUCCUGCUCGAUGAGGAGCGAAGCAGACUCUUUGUUGGAGCCAAAGACCACAUCUUCUCUUUGAAUCUGAUCGAUGUUACCAAGGACGUAUUAAAGAUCGUCUGGCCUCCAACACCUGCACGGAGAGAUGAGUGCAAAUGGGCUGGGAAAGAUGUCAUGAAAGAAUGUGCUAAUUUCAUCCGGGUUUUGGAGCACUUUAACCAGACUCACCUGUACGCCUGUGGGACAGGAGCCUUCCACCCUGUCUGUGCCUACAUCGAAGUUGGCCAUCCAGCUGAGGAGAACAUUUUCAGGCUCGUAACUUCACACUUUGAGAAUGGACGGGGAAAAAGUCCCUAUGACCCAAAGCUGCUGACAACUUCACUCUUAAUUGACGGAGAACUGUACUCUGGAACUGCCGCCGAUUUCAUGGGCAGAGAUUUUGCAAUCUUCCGCACUCUGGGGCAUCAUCACCCCAUCAGAACAGAGCAGCACGACUCCAGAUGGUUGAACGAACCUAAAUUUAUUGGUGCCCACUUGAUCCCAGAAAGCGACAACCCUGAAGAUGAUAAAAUGUUUUUCUUUUUUCGAGAAAAUGCUUUGGAUGGCGAGUACUCGGGGAAAGCCACCCACUCCAGGAUUGGGCAGAUCUGCAAGAAUGACUUUGGUGGCCACAGAAGUCUGGUGAAUAAGUGGGUGACUUUCCUCAAAGCUCGAUUAGUGUGUGCAGUGCCUGGCCCAAAUGGCAUCGACACUCACUUUGAUGAACUACAGGAUGUUUACAUAAUGAAUUCGAAGGAUCCCAAGAACCCUGCAAUAUAUGGCAUCUUUACAACGUCCAGCAACAUCUUUAAGGGCUCGGCAGUGUGUUUGUACAGUAUGUCGGACAUAAGGAGGGUGUUCUUGGGGCCCUACGCUCACAGAGAAGGGCCCAGCUACCAGUGGGUGCCGUUCCAAGGAAGAGUCCCCUACCCUCGCCCAGGAACAUGUCCUAGCAAAACCUUUGGAGGAUUUGAAUCAACAAAGGACUUUCCCGAUGACGUGAUGACCUUUGCCAGAAGCCACCCGGCCAUGUAUAACUCAGUGCUACCCGUCAGUAACAGGCCAAUUGUCAUAAAGACCGACGUGGACUACCAGUUCAGUCAGAUCGUUGUGGAUCGAGUGGAGGCUGCAGAUGGACAAUAUGAUGUCAUGUUCAUCGGAACAGAUGUGGGGACAGUUCUAAAGGUCGUGUCUAUUCCUCAGAAGACCUGGCAUGAUCUGGAAGAGGUGUUACUGGAAGAAAUGACAGUACUGAGGGAGCCAACGCCCAUUACAACACUGCAAAUUUCAACUAAGCAGCAACAACUAUAUAUUGGCUCUGCCAUCGGUGUGUCCCAGCUGCCCCUACACCGUUGUGAUGUCUAUGGGAAGGCUUGUGCAGACUGCUGCCUCGCCAGAGACCCCUACUGUGCCUGGGAUGGUUUCUCCUGCUCCCGGUAUUUUCCUGCAGCCAAGAGGCGUACGAGAAGACAGGACAUCAGAAAUGGGGAUCCCCUUACACAGUGCUCUGACCAACAUCACAGCGAUAACCUACACCAGUAUGAAAACGCGGAGGCAAAGGUCAUCUACGGGGUGGAGAAUAGCACCACCUUCUUGGAAUGCAUCCCCAAAUCCCAACGGGCACUGGCUCUCUGGCAGUUCCAGAGGCAGAACGAGGAACACAAGGAGGAGAUUAAUAUGGAUGACCGCCUCAUCAGGACCGAGCAGGGUUUGCUGCUGCGAAGCCUGCAGAGGAGAGACGCGGGGACCUACAUCUGCCAGACGGUAGAGCACGGCUUCAUGCAGACCCUGCUGAAGGUGACCCUGGAGAUCAUCGACACCGAGCACUUGGAGGAACUUCUCCACAAGGAGGACGACGAGGGGCCAAGGGCCAAGGAGAGCCACAGCAUCACCUCGGCCAUCCAGAAGGUCUGGUACCGGGACUUCAUGCAGCUGAUAAACCACCCCAACCUGAACACCAUGGACGAGUUCUGUGAGCAAGUGUGGCGGCGAGACCGCCGGCGGAGGAAGCAGGGCCUCUCGCACUCCCCCGCACACGGCAACAAGUGGAAGCACCUACAGGAAAACAAGAAGGGUCGCAACAGGCGGACGCACGAGUCUGAGAGAGCACCGAGAAGUGUCUAACAAGGACACCCCGCCCCCUCCCCAGUGAACACUGAAUUCAAACAAGAUGCAAUACA